AUGAAAAUUAUUAGUCUCAAGAAAGAUUUAAGUGAUGUUAUUAGAAUACUAUCGUAGCGACCGCGAAGCUUGAGUUAUUCUGACCGUCCAGUUUAAAUAUAAUUACAGACUACGACGAGUGGACUCUUAAAUGGCUUUGCGCACACAUCUUUAUUCGAUCGUUGUCUAAUGGAAUAUCAUGGUUGUAAUUGGGUAAAGAGAAGCACUGAGACUGUUAGCGUGCACGCGAAGCCCUAUCGCGCGAGCAACGACGCGCGAGCACGUCUGACCACCGCGAACGGUCAGUUAGUGUUUCGUUGUUCGAUGGCAGGAAGAAUACAACACGCGGAAAGAGGCAAAGAACAAACCAAAAGAGCAUGGUAAAACCUCUAUCUAUAAUUCAUACUUGAAAUGCAGUCUUCAUUAACCGUGUUGAAACUAUUGAAGAUUUCGUCUGUACUUUGCAUAGAGUCGAGUGAUCAUUAUUUGAGACAAAGAGCAUCAUUUACAGAUAAGGCGCAUUAUUAUGGAAGCUUAAAAUAUCUUCUCUGAGAGAGAGAGAGAGAGAGAGAGGUCAUAAAAAGACCAAUAAACUUUUGAAUCCUGCUAUUUUUAUAUAAGAAAAGUUCAUUGAACUUUUAAAGCAAGGAAAAUAGAAUUGCAAAGUUAUGGUAGAUUUUAACGGUUGAAUAAUUUAAAAUAAUUAAAAUUACGUGCAUGAUAUCUAACGUGAACAGAUAUUUAUAGGAACACAAUCUUCAAGCGUUAAAAAUGAUAAUGAUGAUUGUAAUAAUGAUACGCUUAACGUGAUUAAUUGUGCCAAUUAUAAGUAUCUCUAAAUAAUAUAAUUCGUUCAAUGCUGAGGUGAUACUAUAAUUUAUUCGUAUCACAUUAUUCUUAAACGAUUAUUGUUUUGUGUCAAAAACUUUACAUAAAUUUGAUGGAGGUUUUACUUAUGUCAGAAAAGAGUUUUCUGUCUUUACACGAAGUCGCCUUCGAAGCGAAUCCGAUGUGCGUAAUCGAUGAUUUGCAGAAGCUCUUUACUUUGGUAAAGGUCGCGUACGCUAUGUUGGUGAUCACCCUGCUGCUGAUGAUGUGGGCGUCCGUAGUGCGAAUGCACGAGCUACCAGUCCAAUAUCCGCCGUGUUUCUUUAAUCCGCUCUGCACUUGCUCGAAGGCCAUACCGGAUCUCGGCAUAGUGGCGUGCUACAAUGUGCCGAUGCCGCGAAUACCGCAGCCGAUUAAUUCAUCCAAAGUGUUCAUGCUGCAACUGGAGAACAAUGGGCUGAGGUUUCUGCACCCACAGUACCUCAUGAACACUGGUCUCUAUAAACUACAGAUUAAGCAUAAUCCCCUGGCGGACAUUCCCGAAGAAGCCUUUCUAGGUCUCGAGAGAUCACUAUGGGAGCUUGACUUGUCCUAUAAUCAACUCACAAGCGUACCGAGUAAAUCAUUUAGACAUUUACAAAAACUACGACUUCUCGAACUCACAGGCAAUAAGAUAUCUCGAAUUGUCUCGGAAAACUGGCGUGGUUUGGAAAACUCUCUUCAGACUCUACGUUUGGGAAGAAACGCAAUCGAAAAACUGCCAGCCGAUGCCUUCGUCGGCCUCACUUACUUGGAGAUCCUUGAUCUUCGAGAGAACAGCCUGAAGGAGAUCGAUCCUUCGGUGUUCAGAGACGGAAUGGCUCAUCUGACGCACCUUUAUCUGAAUGAUAAUCAGCUGACAUAUGUGCCGUACGCCCAAUUGUCCUUUUUGAAACGCAUGAAGGUCCUUGAUCUCAGUUACAACAGGAUAUCGAAGAUGCUGCAGGCCCAACAGGAACCGGAGAUCAGAGGUAUACAGAUGUCCCUGGAUGUGUUACAGCUGGACUAUAAUCAGAUCGAGACUCUCGUGUCUGGUGAUUUUCAACACUUCUUCAAAGUCAACCGCACAUAUCUCAGAGGCAAUCCUCUGACGACUAUUGAGGAGGGCACGUUCAGAGACUCGCGCAUUCGUGAGUUAUAUUUGAGCGACUGCGAUCUGCUGGAGAUCAGCUCACCCAACUUAGCCGGUUUGGAAUCGUCGCUUGAGCUAUUAGACGUAUCAGGAAAUAAUUUAACUAUGCUUCCUCAUCAUCUGUUCCAAGAGUUCGAUUUUCUGCGUACGCUCGUCUUCCGUGAGAAUCGUAUUGACACAUUUUCGCCAAUUGAAGUUUUUAAUGGCUUCCAAUAUUCUUUAUAUAAUUUGGACCUCAGCGGCAAGCAGAAUAGCAUGAUUUCUCUUCAAGAUCUACGACAAAUGAGAAAUCUGCGUUUUCUCUCGAUCUCCCGAAUGCCACAGGCGACAUUAUCGGCGAAUGAUUUCUUAGAAUUUGGUAUGGACAUCAAAGAAUUACGGAUAGUCAAUAGUAAUCUAAACACGAUCAAGGGUCAUACUUUCAUGCACGUUCGCGGAAUCAAGCACCUUGACUUUUCUGAGAAUUCGAUAUCGACGAUAGAUGAUGAGGCUUUCUCAGAGGUGGGCCAUUCUCUGUUGACGUUAAGGAUAUCUCACGGUCUCUCCUCCACAAUUUCUGAAAUACCAAAUCGGCCGUUUAAAUCGUUGACGAAUUUGCAGCAUCUUGAUUUCAGUAAUAACAAGAUACGAUCUUUACCUGCUACAUCUUUCCAUUUUUUGAAAAGAAUUAAACGCAUUGAGCUUCAGGAUAAUGAAAUUGACAACAUACCGAAGGGUACCUUUCAGGGUGACAUCCAUUCAACACUGGAAGAAGUCAAUUUUGCGUUUAAUCAAGUGAGGAAUUUGCAAACUCAUACAUUUGUUGAUCUGUCGGCCUUAAUGACGAUCAAUCUAGAGGACAACGCCAUCGAGAGGAUCGAAAGACGGGCUUUUAUGAAUAUGAACCGACUUAAGUACGUUAACUUGCGCGGCAACAAGAUUAGAGACAUCACCGAUGAAGCCUUCCAGAAUUUACCAGAUCUUGAGUUUCUUGAUCUCGCAUAUAAUGAUCUUAAUGAAUUUGACUUCGCCUCGUUCGAUCAAGUGGGGACAUUAUCGUCAUUUAAAGUCAACGUUAGUCACAAUGAAAUUUCAAGAUUGUGGGUAAAUAACACCAUUUUCGCAUCUCCGUCUGUCGUUGGCGGCAAUGUGCAGUCCAACAUUAGGGUUUUGGACUUGAGUUACAAUAAUAUUUCUGAUAUCGCAAGAUAUUAUUUCAAGCCGGUCGAGUACUCGCUUACUCAUCUAUAUCUGUCUAACAAUCAACUGAGGAAUAUCACCCAGGGUGUCUUUGGCAAUAUGCCUCACUUGCAAUGGCUCGACUUGAGACAUAACGAGCUGAUGGAGCCAGACUUUGACUGCUUCAAAAACACAAAAAACCUGCAAGUGUUAUUUCUCUCCUGGAACCAGAUUAUGGACAUCCCGGCGGAGACUAUGAGACCUCUGAAGAAACUGCGCAUCGUGGAUUUGUCUCAUAACAAGCUAAGAACACUGCCGGACAAUAUGUUCAUUGAUUCCAACAUAGAGAGUCUUGAUCUCUCACAUAAUCAAUUCACGAGGCUGCCUAUCAAGAGCAUGUCGGUGACUUCUAUCGCGAGAUUAGCAAAUCUGGACAUGUCCUGGAACGUCCUGUCGGGGAUCCACAGCACCGACACGAUAUUUAGACUUAGAGGUCUCGUGUGGUUAGACCUAUCGUAUAAUCGACUCGUUAGACUAGACGACGGUGUAUUUUCCGAUCUACCGUAUCUGGCUCAUCUCGACCUAAGUCACAACAAGCAACUCAUUCUGGAAAGCCGCGGAAGGACGUUCUACGGUUUGGAGGACACACUUCUGUAUCUGAGUCUGAGCAAUAUUUCUCUCUUAAGUGUUCCAGAGUUACCUCUGCGACGAUUGCAAACCUUAUAUCUGACACAUAACGAACUGGCAUCGAUUCCCCCGGAAAUGUCGUCGAAUCUGACAUCUCUUCACCAUUUAGAUUUAAGUUACAACGAUUUGACAGUGGUACCACUGAUCACUCACACAUUGCCAGAAUUAAAAACUUUCAACUUGGCGGACAAUCCUAUUACUACCAUUACAAAUACGAGUUUUCUGGGUGUGGCUGACAGUCUCGAAGAGCUCGACAUACGAAGACUCGCGCUGUCAGUCUUUGAGGCAGGUGCACUCUGCAAAGCCACCAAACUCCGCAAAUUGCACAUUACUGCAUACAAUGGUAUAAAGAACUUUAACUUUCCCAACAUGCUGAAAUACAAUGACGGCUUAAAACAUUUGCUCAUUGAUGUUCAGAAUGACACCAAUUUAGAGAAGGAAAUGAGAGGGAAAUUACCCUCCAAAUUGUACAACAUUACACUGACUGGUAGAGCUUUAAAGAAUAUACAUUCAGAGAUACUGCGCGGUAUGCAAAACCCCCAUCUUCAUUUCGGCUUGUACAAUACCAGCGUAACGACCGUGCCGCGAGAAAUAUUCAGAAAUGCGCAGCGUGUGCGCAACGUAACUGUGGAAAUUCGCAAUAGCGAUACUCGAACAGUACAUAAUCCAUCAUCCGGUUACAAGCCUGGAGUGCCGAGCGAGCGAUUCCUCAUGAAGCUUCGAUUAGCGGGCAGUCAUCUUAAUUGCGAUUGCGAUAUCGGGUGGAUAGAAGUAUGGCAGAGAAAGCACAGACAAUAUCAAGAGGACAGAUGUAUGUCUUACGACGAGUUCCAGAAUAACGAGCGAGAAGAAGGCGACGAAUUCAAUUGUUGGGACAACGGAUGGGACGAUGAUCUCCGCGAGACGUUCUGUCUGAACAAAAACAAUGUAUCGUUGUCGAAAUUGUUAAAAACGGAACUGGAAUGUGGAUGGGGCGCGGCGAGUUACAUCAAGCUGAACAGUAUCGUUUUCUUGGCGUUCUCGAUCGUCAUAACUGUCAUUUAUUAA